GAGAGAGAGAGAGAGAGAAAGAAAUAGAGCAGGUGGUGCAGCAGACCAAAGCACUGUAUAUAGAACGCUUUUCUGGCUGUGUGUGAGAGUGCAUGUGUGUGUAUGUGUGUGCGGAGUAGCCGUGCAGGAAGGAGCAGGGAGGCACAGGAUAGCUAAGAUGGCAGAGAGCACUGAUGUGGAUGAGUUGCUGAAUGCUUUUAAGAGGUUUGCUGUCCAUGGCGACACCAAAGCCUCGGGGAAAGAGAUGAAUGGUAAAAACUGGGCUAAACUCUGCAAAGACUGCAAAGUCAUUGAUGGCAAAAACAUCACAAGCACGGAUGUGGAUAUUGUCUUCACUAAAGUCAAAGCAAAGUCAUCUCGGGUCAUGACUUAUGAGGAGUUCCAGAAGGCUCUGGAAGAGUUGGCCCCAAAGAAGUUCAAAGGCCAAAGCAAGGAAGAAGCACUGCAGUCCAUCUACAAGCUGAUUGAGGGCAAAGAACCCACCAACGUUGGUGUAACGAAAGUGGCGAAGACCAAAGCGGUGGAUAGGCUAACAGACACUUCCAAGUACACAGGCUCCCACAAGGAGCGCUUCGACGAGAGCGGGAAAGGCAAAGGAAAGAGCGGGCGAGAGGAGGUAGUGGAGAACACAGGCUACGUAGCAGCCUACAAGAAUGCAGGGACUUACGAUGAGAAGACCAAGGCCAAGUAAAGUGGCCAGUGGAGCAUGAGAGGAAUAUGGAACUCCGUUCCCAUCAGCACUUAGACCUGGACCAAAGCCCACAUGAACUCUGUCUCCUGCAGCCUGUGAAUGACAGGAAAUUAUGUAAAGAGUUGUCUUUGAGGACACAGGAUGCAGUCGAAUAGAUGCAUCGAUGCUCAAGAGAUUUUUGUUUAAGAUGUUUCUGCAGAUUAAGUCAAUCAAAGGUAAAACCAUCUGGUGUUGUAUCCAUAUAAAAUGAAUUUCAGUUCAUAUUUACGUCAGUGUUUCCUACGUACCCCAUACUUUCCAUUAUGUUGAUGUCAGCAAAGUGGGCAGAGCACAGAUCUCUGUCUGCUAAAUUGGUCAUGCACUAAUUAUAACAUUGUUCAUGCUGCCAGAACUGGCUUUUAAAUGCAGUGGCCUAAACUAGCUCAUGAGUUCAUCGGCAUUCGUUCAUUCUUUAGCAGCCUUAUAUGGUCAAAAAAGGUAAGUUACCGUAACAAAUCAAAUGAACUGCUUUAGUGUGGUCUUCUGCAUAGAUGCAGUGAAGGAAAUAGGUGAAUCAUAUCAUGGCUGAAUCAUAUCAACCUCUCCUUUCAUUGGAUAUAGAAAUUAGAAGACGCCAAAUCCAACAAAAUCUCAUUUGGAAUACUUCUUGCUUCCUGUUAAGUUGCCGUUUUGGAGCUAUGAUGCUUUGCUAUGACAGCAAUGAUAUUGUUCCUAAUUAUAUUCAUUAGGCUAAGUAUAGCCUAAUGAAAAAUGUAAACCAUGAAUCAUUUGGAUAUUCGAUUCGCGUGUUCUGCUAAAACAGGACUCUGUGAGGACUGUUGCGUUUGACCGCAGGGUCUGUGUUUAUAGAAAUGUGCCAAAUUGUCUGGGAAUAGCUGCAUUACUAGGGCAUUUGGGCAGGAAGUCUGCUUUUUGAUUAAAAAGAAAAACCAAACAAGCAAAAAACCCUGGUGAGAAUGAUGUGCAUUUAAACUGAUAUUAGCCAAAAGUCAAAACACCUUGUGUUUACAGAUCAGAACAGUGCAAAUGUACAUUGAAGAAAUGUCCACCAGUGAAACUAUUGACCAUAUAGUUGACCAUUGACCAUAUAGACCAUAUAUUCUUGGCCCCCAUAUUUUGUACAAAGUGCAAAAUGCACUGGCAUUUAGUUGCCUUGUUUAGGCUGUGCUCCAAUAAGUGCAUCUAAACUUUAAAUGUACUGUAUAUGUUGACAAAAAUGAGAAAAAGGAGAUGAACAGUUCUUUCUCUACUGGCAGAAUAAGCAUCUCAUUUUCACAAUACUUUCAUUAAUCUGCUUAAACUUUUUCCCUCUCCUUGUUUAUGUAUUGAUGAAUAAGAUGUACUAUCGUUAUAUUGCAUAAUGUGCAUGGUUUUGCAUUUCUCUCCUUUUUUCUUUUCUGUAAUGUCAUCUGUUGAAUCUGUUGAACUGGAAGAUAAGUGCAUUUACAGUACAUGGAGUUGUAUAAAGUUACUAAAUUGUCACAAGUGUUA